GGGCUCUAGGACCCGGCGGGAAGACACGUGACGUCACGCCACAACAGGAAGCCGGAGUCACGUUGCUGGCGAUGUCUCAGCGGGCGUCAGCGGGGCGCCGCUGCCUGCGUGCGUUCCUCAGCGGUUUCUUCGUGGCCGUUCCCGUCUCCGUCACGGCGCUGGACCGGCUGGCCUACGUGGCCCGCGUGGAGGGGGCGUCCAUGCAGCCCUCCCUGAACCCAGAAGGCGGGUCGGACUGUGACGUGGUUCUGCUGAACCGCUGGACGGUGAGGAACUACGAGGUCCAGAGGGGAGACGUGGUCUCCGUCAUGUCCCCAAAGAAUCCUCAGCAGAAGAUCAUCAAGCGGGUCAUCGGCCUGGAGGGAGACUUCAUCAGAACUCUGAGCUAUAAGAACCGGUUUGUUCGGGUUCCUGACGGUCACUUCUGGCUGGAGGGCGAUCACCACGGACACAGCCUGGACAGCAACAGCUUCGGACCGGUGUCGGUGGGGCUGCUUCACGGUCGAGCCUCUCACAUCAUCUGGCCUCCGAGCCGUUGGCAGAGAAUAGAACCGUCUCUCCCGGAGAACCGAGGGCCGCUGGAAGAGGAGGAAGAGGAGGAGGAGGGAUGAAGAGGAGGAGGGAUGAAGAGUGACCAACACAUUUCUUUAUUUUACAUUGAAACCACCCACCUCAGUUAUUUCUGCUGUUAGUCAUGUUGAACUUCCUGUUCAGGAAACAUUUCUAUAAACUACAUGUUUCAUAGAAGCUCCGCCUCCAUUUUUCAUAUAAGCUCUUCCUCCAUAUUUCAUAGAAGCUCCGCCUCCAUGUUUCAUAGAAGCUCUUCCUCUAUGUUUCAUAGAAGCUCCGCCUCCAUGUUUCAUAGAAGCUCCGCCUCCAUGUUUCAUAGAAGCUCUUCCUCUAUGUUUCAUAGAAGCUCCGCCUCCAUGUUUCAUAGAAGCUCUUCCUCUAUGUUUCAUAGAAGCUCCGCCUCCAUGUUUCAUAGAAGCUCUUCCUCUAUGUUUCAUAGAAGCUCUUCCUCCAUGUUUCAUAGAAGCUCUUCCUCCAUGUUUCAUAGAAGCUCCGCCUCCAUGUUGGGGACCUCUCGAGUGCACUUCAGGGUUCAAUGAUCUGUCAGGAAACGACAGCGUUCUCUACAGAUCUGUUUGUGUUGCCUGUGAGCCCAGGGGGGGGGGCUUAAUGCCCUCUUGAUUAAUUACCCAGCAUCCUCUGGGGGACGUUUGAAUGAGACUCCUUCUGCUCCUCAAGCAAACGGCUGACCACGGAGGCCUGGAGAGGAGGCGCAACGGGGACUAGCAAGCGGACCCAUGUGGGCUCAAGUGGGCUAAAGCCAAGCGGACCCAUGUGGGCUAAAACCAAGCGGACCCAUGUGGGCUCAAGUGGGCUAAAACCAAGCGGACCCAUGUGGGCUCAAGUGGGCUAAAGCCAAGCGGACCCAUGUGGGCUCAAGUGGGCUAAAACCAAGCGGACCCAUGUGGGCUAAAGCCAAGCGGACCCAUGUGGGCUCAAGUGGGCUAAAACCAAGCGGAUCCAUGUGGGCUAAAGCCAAGCGGACCCAUGUGGGCUCAAGUGGGCUAAAGCCAAGCGGACCCAUGUGGGCUCAAGUGGGCUAAAACCAAAUAUGUGAUAUUUAGGUUCAAGUUUGAGCUAAAUGUGCAUUAAUUAAACUACUCUGACAUCCA